AUCUUCGGAAUUUGCCGCAAUAAUGAAUUAUCCACUGAGCGUUGAGGUUUGGAACAGCGGCGGCUCAAGCUCCAGAUGCGGGGGAUAAAUCCAGGUUUUGCCGCUUGAUAGCUCCAGAAUGGAGUGGAGCGGGAGCCACGGUGAAUAUAGCGUGGACGACGAGCUAUUCCCAAGUGUAAACAGUAUUGGAGCUGACCACUACUGUCCGAUGAGUUUUGUGGAGUAUUCAGAGUUUAUUCGGGAAGGAGAUGUGGUCAUCAUUUUCCUUGGACAUGAUUCCAUGAUGCCCAUCAAAGUGGAGUCUGGGGCUCAAACGCAGACCCGCUAUGGAGCCAUCCGCCACUCCACUGACUUAAUUGGCCGACGAUUUGGUUCUAAGGUGACAUGUAGUAAGGGCGGAUGGGUGUAUGUGCUGCAUCCCACUCCAGAGCUAUGGACUGUGAAUCUGCCACAUCGAACACAAAUUCUAUACACCACAGACAUAGCCAACAUCACGCUUAUGCUGGAUCUCAAACCAGGCUCUGUCGUCUGUGAAUCAGGCACUGGCAGUGGCUCACUCUCUCAUGCCAUUCUCCGGACUAUUGCGCCCAAUGGACACCUACACACAGUAGAGUUCCAUGCCCAGCGUGCAGAGAAGGCUGCCCAAGAGUUCAGUGAUCACAAAGUGGCCCAUCUGGUGACUGUCCGAAACCAGGAUGUGUGUAAGGAAGGCUUUGGUGUUGUGGGUGUAGCAGAUGCAGUCUUUUUGGACAUCCCGUCACCGUGGGAAGCAAUCACGCAUGCCAAGAAAGCAUUCAAAUGCAAAGGUGGUCGUCUGUGCUCAUUCUCCCCAUGUAUAGAGCAAGUCCAGAGGACAUGUGAGGCUCUGCUGGACCAGGGCUUUGAGGAAAUCUGCACUCUAGAGGUUCUGCAGAGGGUACAUGAUGUCCGCUCAGUCACACUACCCUUACCGGACUUCGGCCCAGAGGUUGAAGGAAAAGACGAUGACAAGAUGACGUCUGACCUUGCUCCAGUUGAAGUUUCUCCCAGUGUCAACCCUGGUUCAGUGACCUGCCGGACUGCCACACCACCUAGAGAGAUGGCCGGACACACAGGUUACCUCACUUUUGCUACCAAACCACGGAACUAGAUGGUCUGUGUGGAGCAUCCAAAGCCUGUAGACAAUAGCUUUGAGCUUAUGUAUUCUCAUGAACUCUCAUUCUGUACAUGCGUUUUUGAAACCACUGCCUGCUCGCUUGUCUUAUAUUAAAAUCAAUUCUGGUUGGAAAAGCAUGGAUGUUUAACAGUGGUGAAAGGAGGUGACACGUUUUGAUGGAUAACCGUUCAUUCUCCUGAACCCCUCUAACACAUGUCAAAUCUCAAGUAUGGUAGUGCUUUUUUAUUUUUUGUUACAAUAAAUUCCACUUGAGAGAAGAA